CUUUGGCUUGCUGGGGCUUUGUGCAUACUCCCCACAAAGACAGGGAGAGGCUUAAUAAUGUACCAAGAAAAAACCGUUCCACUGUGACGCAGUUCGACAAUAACAGCCAUCUUUGGUAUUGAACCAAAUCUUGACCUACUUCAACGACCGUGUAUCAGCACACAUGUAAGCAAAGCAUGUGUGGGUGUUACAAGCUCUUGCUCACCAAUCGCAUAUAUUUCGCAACCAUAUAAAGGACACCCCUUAAUAUAUAGGAACCUGUUAGCGAGAUUAAAUUGUUCUAUAUUUGUAAAGGACAACACAACGGGAAGUUUCUAUUUUAUCUUCAAGCGACUGUGAGUGUUUUUUUAGCAGUAUUUGAUGAGUUUCUCUCUCCGGGUAUUUUGUUUAUUUAAACCUGGCUAGAUUUCCACUUUUUAUAAUAACUAAUAUCUUGUUCAUAGACACUUUCCCAAAUCGCCAUCCUUUUUAAUCCACUAUGAACUGGUUGUCUCUCUUAUUGUUUGUGUCAUAUGUGCUCUCAAUUGCACCAAUCGAGGUGAAGGGAAAUGGCUUUUUUGACUCAGUAACCCACAAAAGGUUCUACAUCAGAGGCUUGGACUAUCAGCCGGGAGGCUCCUCAAACUUGAAAGACCCCAUUUCUGACCCUGACACUUGUGAACGAGACAUUCCGUACUUUCAAAAAUUGGGUGUCAACACCAUCCGAAUCUAUUCUAUUGAUAACACAAAAGACCACAAAGAGUGUAUGAACAAGUUGGCCGAUGCGGGUAUCUAUGUUCUCUUCGAUGUGAACACUCCAUCUGCCUCCAUCACCCGAGGCAAUGAUUCCGACUGUUCGUACAACACCAUGUACUUGAAUGAGGUUUUCGCAUCCAUGUUGAAGGUUGCUAAUUAUGACAACACCUUGGGAUUUUUUGCUGCCAACGAAGUCAUCAACGACCAGGCUUCUACCGCCGCUGCCACCAAUGUCAAGGCAGUCGUAAGAGAUAUGAAACACUUUCUUAAGAAUAGAGGCCUUAGACAGAUUCCCGUGGGAUACUCCGCCGCAGAUGUUGAGGAAAAUAGGUUGAACACCGCGGAGUUCUUCAACUGUGGAGACGAUGACAUGGCUCGAGUCGACACGUUAGGCUUCAAUGACUACUCAUGGUGUGGAGACUCGAGCUACACCACUAGUGGCUACGACCAAAAAGUCAAGAGCUUCUCCGACUACUCCAUUCCCUUAUUCUUUUCUGAAUAUGGCUGCAACAAGGUGAGCCCAAGACAAUUCACCGAAAUCGAAGCCAUCUACUCAGAGGAUAUGACUGGGGUAUUUUCGGGUGGGUUGGUGUAUGAAUACUCGGAAGAGUCCAAUGAGUAUGGGUUGGUGAACCUCGAUGGUGAUGAUGUAAAGACCAAUGACGACUUUAACAACUUGCAGUCCAUGUUCGCCAAGGUCGAAAACCCCAGUGGAGAUGGUGGCUACCAAGCAGACUUAGAACACUCGGAAUGUCCUUCCAAGUCCAGUAAUUGGCAAGCGUCAAAUGAUAUUCCUGAUACUCCCAAAGGGGCUUUGAAGUACAUUAUUGCAGAUGCUGAGCCAUCUGGAAACGGGUUCAAUGCCAGUACCCAGUGGGCUUGUGUUGCUGGUGGUAACGAUGAAGAUGAUUCGGGCAACUAUAGCUCUAUUGCCUCUUCUAUGCCUACUUCUGGUGGUAGGUCCGGCUCUAGUUCCAGUGGAUCUAGCGAUGACGAUGAUGAUGGCCACCACAGGCGUUCUUCGUCUGGCCUCGCUUCUUCCGUCAAUGGGGUGGGAUGGUUGCCAAUGGUAGCCAUUGCCAUUGGCGUAUUCGUUUUCUAGUUGAAUGUUCUACAACGUGUUAUUGU